AUGACCACCAACGUGAGAAAUACUCUGGGCGCAGAUGCCACCGGUUACAUUCGACGCGAGAGGCUACAGGAUAGGCUGCGAGUAAUUUUUAAGCUGCCGAUUACCGUCGAGCUCCGUAACGACCGCUUUGUCUUCUAUGCCCCGAGGUUGGUUACUGAGGAUGAGAUCGAGUGA